UUUUUUUUCUCUCAUAUAAAUUGAUAGAUAGGAUCUAACACAUUUAAAAACAUAGAUUUUAUAUACAAAAUGAGUUGUAAUUCUCAAAAAAAUAAACCAGGAAGUCGUGUACCAAUUGAUCCAAAGAGUGCAAAGAUACAAGAGCUUGGUGUUUGGGCUGUUAAUCAAUACAAUAAUAAAAAGAAAGCAUGCCUGAAAUUUGAAAAUGCUUUGAAAGCAGAACAAGAAAUGGUUGCGGGUAUGCUAUAUUACAUAGAUGUUGAGGCCUCUGAUGGUGGACCGAUUCCCUUUGUUGGCAAGUACGAAGCAAAAGUAUUCGUUGAGGAAUGGAACAACAUUAUGAAACUGGAGGAGUUCAAGCCUAUGUUACAAGACCAUGGCACUAUCCUGGUCCCAAACUAAACAUCAACUACGCAAAAAAAAAAAAAAAAAAAAAAAAAAAACGGUACUCCAUGAUUUGGGUUAUGUACUACUAUAGCCACUACAUAAAUAAAAUGGGCUUCCAAGUACAUCACAACUCUAUUGUUUAGUAAAAUGAUGUAUAAUUCAAGUAUGAUUUGGGUUAUGUACUACUACUAUAUCUACUAAACAAAUAAAAGGACUUCAUUGAUCAAUCUCA